CUGAGAUCUCACUAUAUUUCUCGAGUUUUUAAUUUAUUGGAUUAACACACUUGCAGCAAAUGAGCGAUAUGUGCAUGCACAAAUGCCUUGGUUCUGAUGAAUGUGCUUACAAAGCCAAUAAAUUACAGCAGUAGAAACUUCUGAAGAAAUAAUAAAACUGUAAAUAACGAACCAGUGGAGCUCUUAAUACAGCAACAGGAAAAGUUGGUUGUUAACUUGUGGGGGCCCUAGAUUUCAGAUUGACGGAUCACUGCCGUAAAUUCAACUGUAGCAUUUUUAACUGAAAUCGUUGCAUAACAAUGUCAACCGCGACUCGUAGUACCAAUGCUAAUACAUCAGUUGGCCAACCAAACAGCUAUCUAUACCACCAAUGCCUUCAAUCCGAAAGUCAAAAUGAACAACAUUCGACGGUUGAUGCCAGUAAUUUUCCGCUUAGAUCCAUAAAAGACGUGGUGGGCUUUUUUCGUCGAUCCACGGAGGAUGGAUUCUCGGGGAAAGCAAUUGAGCCUGAUCUUACAUUGCUUUCUAUAGUAGCAGGUUAUGUAGAGAUCUCCUUAACUACAGGCGAUGCUGCCUUAGCUGCUGAACACGCGCUGUUAAAUGCAACAUUGAAUACGACUAUUUCUCCACCUCCCCUUGCGGGCGGAGCAGGAAGCGCAGGGAUAUCAGCGUCGAAUCGCGUUAUAAAAAGCAACAGUGUGCCUUUUCCUGUUGUUACAUACGAACUGGUUUCGGGAUUAUACAAAAAAUUUCAAAGCAUACUAUCCGUAGUAGAAAAGCCGAAGUCAAUGCAAAAUCGCCAAGCAACUCGCGAAGUUAUUAAAAAAGUCUCGGAUGUCAUUUGGCAUUCUUUAAUAAGAAGUAGUUACAAAGAUCGUGCUCAUUUACAAAAUCUUUAUUGUUAUUUAUCCGGCAAUAAAUUGGACUGCUUCGGUGUAGCUCUCGCAGUUGUCGCAGGCUGCCAAAUGCUUGGAUAUCGUGAUGUACAUUUGGCUAUAUCGGAAGACCACGCGUGGGUUGUAUUUGGAUCUACACAUGAUGAAUGUAUUGAGGUUACAUGGCAUGGUAAAGGUAGUGAAGAUAAACGUGGUCAGGAUAUAACCGCAGGGAUUGAAUCCGGCUCUUGGUUGUAUUUGGGUGGUUUGGCAGUAGUAUGUGACAGGGCUAUGGAAGUUGCCGCUAUUGCCACUGCGAUAAAUAUAUCCAUGACAACUAAUAGUGAUUGUGUUGAAGUAGCAGAUUUGCAACAACAGUUACUUUGGGUGCUGUACGAUAAGGGUCAUUUAAAAAAGUUUCCCAUGGCUUUAGGUAAGUACGAUAUUCCAAACUAGGGAAAUGUAUCUGUAUAUGUGGCGAUGCAAGCUUGCAGUUAAAGCUAAACCCAAUAAAACGCUUGCUUCGCUUUGCGCAAAGACUGCGACAUAGAUCGUUGCAGCUGCAGCGCGAAGCGAAAAGAUGGCCAACUGCCUCUUCUUGCGCGCGUUGACAAUCAGCCGAUUUAAUUGAUAUUUUGUUUCGUCCAAAUUCAAGUUUUCACGCAGAAACAUAAAAUUUAGGGAGUGUCUACUUACACGCGCCACGGUAACUUUUACCGUGGAUCACGGAGAAAAAUUACCGUAGGUCCACGGUAAAAUUACCGUAGAUCCACGGUCCUGCGUCAAGUUAGUAUUGGAAAAGUUAACUACGGCAUUAAUUGUAGUGUUUUUGUUGUUAAUUUGUUGUGGAAAGAAA